AGGCAGGCAGGCCUCCCCCCCUGCUGGGGGCUGUAGUCCUCACUUCCCCCGGAGGCCUCUGCACUCUCGCGGAGCAGGAGGGCUAAUGAACUACAAGUCCCAGAAGCCUCCAUUCUCUCCCGUCCCUCGCCCAUCUCUCCCUUUUGCCUGCCCGGUAUUGUAGUCCAUAGCCUGACUCCGCCCUGGCGGGCGGCCGAGAGAGAACUACACGUCCCAGGAGGCUGUGCGGCGUGCCUGCCCCUUCGGUGUUGUUGCGUCUAUCCCCGCCGCUGCUGCUGACUGUUCGGUGGCUGAAAUAGCGCUGCUCCAUCCCUGUGCUACAGGACCCCAGACACCCGGUUUUACAGAAGUGGAUGUCUUAGCAUCCUUGUGCCAUGGCUCAUCUGAGGGAUUUUGCUAACGAGCACUCCAGGGUGGACCCAGAAGAACUGUUCACCAAGCUGGAGAGGAUUGGUAAAGGCUCGUUCGGUGAGGUGUACAAAGGAAUCGACAACCGCACCAAGGAGGUGGUUGCCAUCAAGAUCAUUGACCUGGAGGAGGCGGAGGAUGAAAUUGAGGACAUCCAACAGGAGAUCACUGUGCUCAGUCAGUGUGACAGCCCCUACAUAACCCGCUACUAUGGGUCCUAUCUGAAGAGUACCAAGCUGUGGAUAAUCAUGGAGUACUUGGGUGGAGGCUCAGCACUGGAUUUGCUAAAGCCAGGACCCUUGGAAGAGACCUACAUUGCCACUAUCCUGCGAGAAAUCCUCAAGGGCUUAGAUUACCUGCACUCUGAGAGGAAGAUUCACAGGGACAUCAAAGCUGCCAACGUGCUGCUGUCGGAACAAGGGGAUGUGAAACUGGCUGACUUUGGUGUGGCUGGACAGCUGACGGACACCCAGAUCAAAAGAAAUACGUUUGUUGGGACUCCCUUCUGGAUGGCGCCAGAGGUCAUCAAACAGUCUGCCUAUGACUUUAAGGCAGAUAUCUGGUCCCUUGGAAUCACAGCCAUUGAACUCGCAAAGGGAGAGCCCCCGAAUUCUGACCUGCAUCCUAUGCGGGUGCUCUUUCUGAUCCCCAAAAACAACCCUCCAACACUGGAGGGACAUCACAGCAAGCCCUUCAAAGAAUUUGUGGAAGCCUGUCUCAACAAGGACCCUAGAUUUAGGCCAACUGCUAAAGAGUUGCUAAAGCACAAGUUCAUCACACGCUAUACCAAGAAAACCUCAUUCCUCAUGGAGCUGAUUGACCGAUUCAAGCGCUGGAAGUCAGAGGGCCAUGGAGAGGACUCCAGCUCUGGUGAUUCUGACAUUGAUGGAGACGCAGAAGAUGGAGACCAGGGUCCAAUCUGGACGUUCCCACCAACUAUUCGCCCCAGUUCCCUUAAACUGCACAAAGGAAUAGCUCUCCAUGGCUCCCAGAAGUCUGCUGAGCCCAUCAAGCGGCAGCCCCGAUCACAGUGUCUCUCCACGCUUGUCCACCCAGUCUUUGGGGAGCUCAAAGACAAGCACAAGCAGACUGGAGGGAAUGUGGGAGCUAUGGAGGAGCUGGAGAAUGCCUUUAGCUUGGCUGAGGAGUCCUGCCCAGGCAUCUCUGACAAACUGAUAGCACAUAUGGUGGAGCGCGUACAAAGGUUUUCACAUAGCCGGAACCACCUGACUUCAGCCUGCUGACCAGUACAGUCAUUGCUGCUCUUUAAUGGGGAGGGAGGAUUUUCCCAACAUCAUAAGAACUACAUCUCUAAUCCAGACCACCGUCAUCUGCUGUUGGAUGUAACAUUGUGACUCCAGGACAUUUCAGAGCCUUCAUCUAUACAUGUUUCCAUGACAAUGAAGGGUGGGGGUCACAAUGCAAGUACAAUUUAGACCUUUUGCAGAGCCCAAGGAGGGGUGGUCUAAUUGUUUUUACACUGUUCUUAAUGGAGUUUUUAAUUGUUCUCUCUGUGGACGUAUCCUUUUUAUUUGAUUCUGAAGUUGUUAAAAGGUAAAAUCCUGGCUGGUGGAGCAAGAGGGAAGUUCUCCUGUACUCAGAUGUUUCAAAAGGGAAGUAUGUUGGGUUCAGCCUUCUCCUCUCCCCCAAGGAAGUGUAGGUAAAUGGUAAUCCACAAGGAGUGCAGAUGGCUCCAGGCUUUCCAUACACUACAGCAUUCUAGUGGAGUCAGAGCGGCACUCUAGCCCCACAAGGAUUUUUUCAACUCCUUCAGACACUAGUGGAACAAAGGCUUUAACUAGUAGCAGUGAAAGUAAGUUUGCUGCUGUCCCUCUACUUUUCAUUCAAGAGUAGCUGCGUUGUUUUGUCACUUUCACAGGAUGGGUUUGCUGACUGCUCUGCCAGCGGUUCUGGGGAUAUCACUCUUUAACUAGGCCUUGCUUUACUUAAGCUACACUAGAGCAAAGUUUGCCUCACUUCCAUAGAGCAGAAGGGACAAGGCAGCUGCAUUUGGUUUAAAACUCUCUCAAAUGGGGGUUAGGAGUUGCUUAUGCUCCCUUCAGAGCCUCCUCCUGCUGCUUCUCACGUGGCCAGCAGACAUACCAGGUGCGUUGGCUUGUGGCAGACUGAGCGCCAUGACUCUCCUAAGGUGAGACAGACUGAACACUAAGAUUAAAGUGCAUUAGAAAAGGGACCUUUGUCAUGCAAAGAUGUUUAAAAGGUUAGUCUGAAAUUCUUUACAAUGAUUCUCAAUUGAAGAAAAUUCAGCUUUUACUUUACCUAUUAAAUGGCUGGUAUCAUUGCUCCUUGGUGGCUAUAUCCCAAAUGCUGUGAUUGGGAUACCAAAGUCAAUUUCUCCCCCUCUUUACUCUCAUGAACCAUUUCUUAAAACUCUGCUCUAAAUGACUUGAAGCCAACAGUCUUAGCCAGAAGUACAGUCCAGAUAAUAAGCUGCAUCUCUCAUUGCUUUGAAAUGUUGAUAGAUACUUUGGUCAUUCAAGGUAUUCCCACGGAGCAACUUCAACUAGUUUUGCUUUCUUGACAAUGCUAGUUUAGCCAGGAAUUUCAGUUCUCCAUUUUAUUUCAUAGAUUUGUAUACAAGAUACUCCAAGGAUCUGGAAGGAAACCAGGCUUGUAAAGAGACAGGGUUGAAAUUUUGAAAGCUGGGUACCUAAAGCUAAGCAGCUAAAUCUAUAUUCACAUAUGUGAUGUGACUUCAGGUAGCUCCUACAGCUCCCCUAGAAGCCAAUGGGAGCUGCAGAUACUCAGCACCUCUAAAAAAUUAGACCACUUAACAGGUAAAUGUGGAUUAUGCUUCCUACCUGCUCCUCUGAUGUAUAAAUACAGGCUCAAUGUGUUAACGCUGCUUGUCUUGUAGAAAAUAGCUGCUGUUGUCAUCUCUUGCAUAGAGCUCAGUUGUGGAGCAGAGUUUAUUUUGUGUACAGAGGUAGCCAUGGAGCCUGUAUUUAUGCACAAUGACAAGUAAAGGGAAUCCUCAACAAAGGGAAAGUCUCCUGCUGCUUUUAACUUUAUGCUGUUCAUGAUGGUAGCAUACUGUGUUAAUAAGGUACCUUGUAUUAUUCUUCACAUGCACUGCAGUGUCAUGAGUAAAGAUGAUUUUUAAGGAAACAAUCCCCAUAAAUUCCUGCAAUAUUCAAAGCAACAGUGGUGUUAGUUUUUAAGAGAGCAUUGAAAGGGAUCUGCCACUUUCAAUAAAGUAACAAAUUAAAGUAGUGGUUAUUGUAGCUUUCAAUUACACAGAAUGCAAAGCCUUGAGAGCUUCAGCAAACAUCACAGACCUUUCAUAAACCAAAUGGACUUCUGCUGAUGUCUGAGUGUACCCUCCCUGCCCUCAGCACUGCUGAGCCAGAGCGGAGUUGAAAAUUACAGGCCAAGCUCUCUCACGUGCCACCUUUUUAGGGAAGGAAAUACUUGCUCUAUUCCCUUGAAGUUGCUUCAGUGGUCUUUACAUUGCAGGAAUGUUGGCUCACAGCUGCAAUGUAACAUAAGAUGACUUCAGCAGUGAAAAAUGAUGGUUUAUGAGGGUGACUGUGUGGCAGAGAAAGCUGCCUGACCCUGAUGUCUAUCCUGCUUCUAAAGCAGCUGCCAGCUUAAGAUCUUUCCCCAUUCCUGCUCUAAAGAUGCACCUCUUAUAGCCAAACCCAGGAACAGCAAUUCUGCAUAAAAAUGUAGUGGUAGAACAUUUACUCUGUUCUCCUGUAGCACACCACCCCCAAGAGAAUCUGCUGCACGAGCAGAAUAUAGCUGUAUGGGGAGGAGGGGUAGCAUAAAACAGCUACAGAGAACCAGAAGGAAAUGAGACAAAACAACUGAUGCUAGAGCAUCAAGGAGGCUGUUCAUCUGCUAGCCUAUGCAGUUUGGUGGGGUGGCCUGUCACCCAACAGGAAAUUGGGAAUCCCUGUAGUUGGGUGAUUUGGGGGAAAGAUACAGUCCUGGGAUGAGAGAUCAGGCCUCUGAUGUAAAGUGAAAGUUCUAGUGGAUCUGGGGCACCUCAAGUAUCCUUGCUUGGGGAGAAAUAUAAUACAAUGAAAGCUUUUUGCCAUAGCUCUUUAUACAGCAAAACAACAGUGCUAAGAACAAAAAGAAAAGGAGUACUUGUGGCACCUCAGAGACUAACCAAUUUAUUUGAGCAUAAGCUUUCAUGAGCUACAGCUCACUUACUCACUGUAGUGCUCCAAAGAAACACUGAGCUGCUUGGAAGCAUUCACUACAGUUUCUGCUGAAUGAUUUCGGAGCUGCAGUUUUUAGGCUUAAGCCCCAUAUUGAAAACUACUAUAGGAUAGCUCUGCCUACACGGUUUUACUUAAGGGAGAAAUGGUUGAGAGAGAACUAUUUGCUCAAAGUCACACUCAUGGUCAUAGUUUCUGGCAAGUCAAAAAUAUCCAUACUGGAACAUGCAAACAAUUAUAGCUGGUUGGGAUCAGGCUCCACACUGCUGCUGUGGUAGUGGAUUAAGCGCUAAGUAUUUCCUAAUCUAGUCACAGUUUACUGAAUUCUAAGCAAGAGAAAAGCAGAAUCUGGUUCUCAGCUAGGGGACAGUGAUUGGGUCAGUCCAACAACCAGUUUAAAAAACAGAUGCAAAACCUUUUAUUUAAUUGGAAAUAAAAUAGGACAGCAUGUUUAGUCCAAUAACAUCAACACCGUUGAAUACUGUUACAUUGUCUAGCAUACUGGCUAGAGGAGAGGCUCGGUAUGGGAGGUGACAAUGAGAUGAAGGUAGUUUCUGUGAAAUAGGGUAGCCACUCUUUCUAAACUAGGCUUACAGCCAGCUAAAGUAGGAGGGUUGAAAGUGCACUCUCUCUCUCUGACACUUCCUCUACCUGUGGAUCCUGUUUGAAAUCUUAGAUGUUCACAGCUAAAUGAUGGAGUGUUUUCGCCUCACACAGCUGCAUGUGGCACACUGAGAGUAGUUGUCCCCUUGGAGCUGAAGGUGGGGUGGCACUGCACAAACAAACACAUGCCUACAAGGUGGGCACCUGGUAAUCCAGCAUGUGCUGAAAAAACUUCAGCAGACAUGCUGCUGCACUGGUCUGACCAACAUGAAACAAACAGGAGACACACAUGAAAUUAUCCAGAAUGCUAGGAGGUGAAGAACAUUUAAAUCAGCUAAGGAAAGUAACAUCCUGCAAAAUGAGGCUACAGAAGUAGGUAUUCUUUCAAAGGGCAGCUAAAGAAAUAGUUUCAUUCUAACGCACAAGCAAAUACAAUAGGGACUAACAAAUCAGGACUGAGCGUGUCGUGGUUUUCUGAACUGAAGCAGUUAUACUAUACAGUUUUGAAGAGUUUAUAGUGGAACAAGAGGACAUUUGUGUUAAGCAAUCACUCAAUCCAGUAAAUGUUAGUAACAUGUUUAAGAAUCUACAGGAUUAUAGCUCAUGCUAAUACCAGUUUGGAUGUUUGCCAAUAGAUGAGAGCCAGACAGCAUCCUGGUAGAUAAGUACAUACUCCUUGAAGAAAUCUUCCAGUGUACUCCUGUUCUCGCUCUCACCAUUACAGAGGGACUGCCCCUGCUCUGUGUAGAAGUAUAUAGAACACAUUCUUUUCCUCACUCUCUUUUGACCUCUUCUGAUGGGCUGUCACUGUUCUUCCAUUGGCUUUUAUGCCUGUUGCCUUCCUUUGCAUAGCCUCCUUCUUAUCAAGCAAUCUGGGACAAAAUUUCACCUCUGAAAGUUACAAAGGGCUGUGCCUGUCUACCUUCCCCCCGCCGUGUUUUGCUCUCAUUAAUGUAAGUUCUGUUUUGCAGUCCACAUGCCUGGCCUUUAAUUGCAUACACACCAUUUAUGAUCUGUGCUUCCUCCAAGGAACAAAUUCUGCUAUCAUUUUUUCCUUGUUCACUUUAAUGGCUUCUACUUUUUUCUUCCAGUGAUGGGAGAACAUUUCAUCCACUUUCUGAUCGCUUGGUACCAGGGUGGUGCUCCAUGAGAUCAGCAAGCCUCCAGUUCUAGGGAAGGCUGUGCCUCUCCAGCAGCCGAGACUAGAGCCUUUGCAGACUGCAUGCGUGCAGGGCAGAAGUCAGCAAAUAUCAACUCUCAAAACCCUCUUGCCAUAGAUAAGGCUAGUCCAAUGAUUAGGCAGCUACCCUGGAAAUCAGGAAGCAGAUUCAACUCACUGCCCUGCCAGACUCCGUGUGUGACCUUGGCCGGGUCACUUAACCUCUCUGGCUCUCAGUCCCUUGUGUGUAAAAUGGGCACAAGAGCACUGCUCUGCCAAACACGAGUGCUCUGAGGGUAAAUACAUUAGAGACUGUGAGGCACUGAGAUACUGUGGUAACGGGGCCCAUAUAAGUAGCCAAGAUCGAUAAAGAAUCCUUUAGGGUGUCA